UAUCAACAAAGCUUGUAUGUAAUUUUACGUUUUUUCAUCAGUCAGAUAAAACUUUCAAACCAUUCGAAAAAAAAUUAAAUAAAAAUUUUCUGCUAAAAUUAAAAAAAAUUUUAUAGAUAAAGUGAAAAAAAGUAAAGAAAAUUAAAAUGAAUUGGAUGGGCUUUAUUUUUGCUGCGAUUCUUUGUCUGUAUCAAUAUCAAGUUGCCACGGGUGAAGGAGAAGAGGAGAGUCUGCAAGAGCACAACCGGCUGAGAUCCCUUCAUGGAUGUCCGGCUCUAAAGUUAUCAGCGUCACUAAGCAAAGGCUGUGCUGAGUAUGCACAGGAAUUGGCAGAAAAUGAGAAAUUCGAACACUCGGAUCAUCAGGGAAAGUACGGGGAAAAUUUGUACUACACAUCAUCAGAUCCAAAAAAAUGUGUUCAAGAUUGGUACGACGAGAUAAAGGACUAUGAUUUCAAUAAGCCCGAGUUUUCUGCGAAAACUGGACACUUUACUGCCGUGGUUUGGAAGUCUUCGACAGAAAUGGGCCAUGGUCAAGCAAAAAGCAAAUCCGGUAAUACCUAUGUGGUAGCAAGGUAUACACCCGCUGGAAAUAUGGCAGGCCAGUUCGAGAAAAACGUUCCGAGGGUAGUUGGUCACUCUGGUGCUGGCAUUAAUGAUGUGCGAAUUGGGCUUUUAGCUUCAAUUUUUAUAUUGAUGCACAUAUUGCUUUAGGUCUGGCCGAGUCACAAACUUGUUCUCUAGUUAUCCUUUUCGUAUUGCUACCCCAACAAUGGAGGCAACGGACGAUCGCAGUGGAAAAAAAGAUGUUUAUCAAUUCAAUACAUUUAAAUCAAAAUCUUUCGUUAUAUACCAUAAGUUCGUAAUUAACCCAUUAUUUUAUAAGCAACAAUAUAAAAUAAAAUAAAUUCAA